AUGAUGAUUCGCCCUUUUACCCUAUUUCUUUGCAUUUUAAUCUGCAGUUCCUCCGGCCUCUCGUUCACACCAUGCCCGCUUCUAGGGCCAGCAUUCCCUGAGUUCACCUUGGAUACGGGCUCUGAAGUCCUAACCUCCGCUCUCAAGAAUCUUACGAAGGCGUUCGAUAAACUAGUUCUCGAAGGGAACGGGGAUCAUGGAGAGAUCUUUCCUAACACUACUUCUUUCAGUUUAUCAUUGUUCUCCGUUAACGAAGGCAACGCAAGCGACCAGCCCUAUUUCUUUGAUUACCACUACACGGCGCCACCCUUGAAAUUUCACCCUGUGGGGAAAGAUACUAUCUAUCGCAUCGGCGGUUUGACUGAGAUUUUCACCGUUUGGACUAUUCUGAUCGAAGCAGGAGACCGCAUCUGGAAUACCCCUGUAACAGAGUACAUCCCUGAACUAGCUGAUGCUGUGAGCUACCGCAAUGGAAAAAAAAAUCCAGUGAGCUACGUUGACUGGGAGACUAUUACGGUUGGCCAGCUCGCAAGCCAUAUGGCCGGAAUUUCCAGGGGUUCUUCGAUGCCCGAUUUGAGCAAACAAUCUGCAUUCCCUUUCGCCGAUCUACCACCUUUUCCGGCCCCUGAUACUCCUCCCUGUAUUUCGAAAUCCUCAUGCAACAGAACUGGAUAUAUCGUGGAGUCCAUUGCUGGAAAGCCGUUUGCGUCUGUACUUAAUCAACGCAUUCUUGAGCCUCUCAAACUAGGAAAGACAAGUUUACUCUUAACUGAAGACCCGUCGCCAAGGGUGCUCCCAGCGGAUACGAACAGUCACGGAUGGAUGCAAGGUGGAGCAGAGACAGCUGCAAUUUCAAUGCUCUCCACUGUUACCGAUCUCGCCGUUGCUGGAAAAUCUAUUCUGGCGGCAACCCUCCUCUCGCGCGCCCAAACCAACCGCUGGCUGAAACCCGUUGCCCACACUUCAAACCCUGCAAACUCAGUAGGAUAUCCAUGGGUUAUAUAUAGUGCGGGAGACUAUCCCGACACACCGAUAAUAGACGUGUAUACGACUCUUAGCACCGUCGGCUUGUAUAGCUCAUAUAUUGGCCUUGUUCCUGACUUCAACGUUGGAUUUACUAUCCUAGCUACAGAUAGUAACACGAGCCCAGAUCUCAAUCCCCAUACUGGUGUUAUCGGGGACAACUUGUUGCCAGCCUUGACCAAGAUUGCGGCCAUCCAAGCCAGCACAAAUUUUGGAGGACUCUACUCUUCACAUAUAGCAAACUCGUCCAUCACUGUUUCUGCGGAUAGCUCGCCAGGUCUAGUUAUUGAUACAUGGAUCAGCAACGGCACUGACUUCCGGGCGACAUUGGCCGCCUUAAAUGGUGUUGAGGAGGUUGAUGCAUUGAGCAUGCGGCUUUAUCCAGCACAUCUUAUCUCCAAGCGAACCCCUAUAUCGAGACAAGCCUUCAGAGCAGUCUUCCAGGACAAGAAUGAGUUCGCUGAUUAUGGGACUCCUACCUGUGUGACUUGGCUGAGCGUUGAUAGUUUGAAGUACGGAGGAGCGUCGCUUGAUCAGCUUAUAUUCGAGGUGGACACCAAUGGGAAAGCUCUGGAUGUUGAAAUCCCGGCGUUACAGAUUACACUUGAAAAGCAGAAAUAG